UUCCACUCAUUGCCAUCGCAAUCACGGCUUCUGGGCGUCGCUCAAGCCUUGUUCCCCCUACACAAGCUCUUAAGAACGUGAGUUUUCACAGCAAGAAGCCCCCCAUCACGGCUAAACAAGUAGUAAUCUAAACAGGCAGUACUUACUUCUCAACCCCAUCCAUCAUCACCAUGAAACCCCUGACAGCCACCCUGAUGUACUGCCGUUUCUCGGGCGCAGCAAUGGUCCUGGGCGCCCCCGCCUCCGCUCCCCGGGACACUUCACCAGUAGUCGAUAGCCGCCUCGUGCUCCGCCAAGGGGAGGGAGAUCCCAACCGUUGGCCCGGCGCCAAGAACUUCAACAUUUGCGUGCCUUUUUUGAACAUCACAAGCUGCCCGCUCAUCCAAGGCCCCGGAGCUUUUCCGAUAGCUGACGGCCAGUGCUUCGCCCACAAUACACGAAUCUGCGCCUGCUGGUGCAGUGAAGAGGAUAGUAGCCGUCUGAAGCCGCCAGCCGCAACUGUAUGGAGUGUUAGUAAAGCUCCCAACAGUGAGGCAGCAGUAAAGGAUGAGAGCGGUAGCUGCAAGACCUGAGAUUCCUGAACCAGGGAACCUGAAGCUAGUGCGAAUAAGCCAACUAGUCAAGCCAGCUCAGCUCAAAAAACAAUCCAGGUCGAGCGACGAGGCUCGCUCAACAAGCCAAAAUAGGUAGGCACUAGAUCUGAUAAACCUAUGAUGCUCAGGUGAUUUGUCAAAGUUUGGAAAGGCCCACUUUUUCUCUCACCACUAGCAGUGACUGCUGUAAGGGACUACCGAGAGUGGUGAUAAUUCCCUGGUCUGAGGCUGGUGUUUGGUCUUCCACUUCCAGCCCUGUAAGUUGCAGGUAGCUAUGUAUUGUACAGGGGUCCACCCGGCCAC